CAGAUUUUGUUUCAUUCAUAAGUCGAGUGGAGCCAUCCGUUUGAACGCGAUCUGUGAUGCCCGUAGACUUGGACCGUAGUAGAGACCGCGCGUCGUUUGACUAACCUUUGUUGUGAUCAUGGUGCGUCCUCCCAUCUCCUCGAGGAUCACCCGCCAUUUACUAUUAUCAAUCGUUGAUCAAUCAGUGCAAAGUUGACCAGUACUCGAAAUCAGUGUGUGUGUGCGUGUGUGCCUGUGUGCGAUUAUGUGUAUAGUUUUCGACAGUUCCAAUAUGCAGCCACACACUACAGAUAACCAUCUACUAGAUCUGUCCAGCAAGAGCGGUGCGGGAUAUUCCACUGCAGCUCAGAAACCUCCCAACCUCGCUGUCAAGAAAACCAAAACUCUGAAAUUCUGUAUCGAAGAGAUGCACAUAAAACAGGAGAGGAUAGAUGAUGAAGGCUGUGGAGGAGGAAUGCAGAAAGUGCCUUCUCUCUCGGAUCUGUCCGAUCCAGAGAGUUCUCUCGUUUCCCCUCGGUCAAGAUUAUUGGCUGUUAAAGAUAUACCUACCCAGGUGCCUCCCCUUACGCCUGGCACUAAUAAUAAGAUGACAGAGGCCCUCAAGGCCUCUUUUGCAUCAUGGGGAAAGGAACAACUCAGACAUAACAUAGUCAAAGAUCCUCGGCAGUGGAGUGAGUCACAGGUGGCGCAUUGGCUGAGUUGGGCGGCGAGGGAGUUCUCGCUGCCGAUGCAUGAGUCGAUGCACCAGUUCUACAUCCGUGGAAAGGACAUCUGCGCAAUGGGCAAGGAGGCCUUCCUCGCCAGGGCGCCACCCUUCAUGGGCGACAUCCUCUGGGAGCACCUGGAAAUAUUACAGAAAGAAGUUGACAAGGAGAGGACAAGCCUGGAGAACGCUGCGGACGGUCUGUACGACUCAGUGUGUGUCCCCGAUCUCAGUGAAUACCUGGGUGGUUACAACAGUCAGCAAAAGUCACAAACCCCCUCCAGUCAACCAGGAACCCCUACACCGCCUUCUGCCCCCUACAUACCCAAUCCUGAUGGUGGCUACAGCCAGCUCAGGAGUCCCGUAUGUGACAGUCGAGAAGAUGCUUCUCCACCCCCCGCAACGGGUCUUCCCCCCGGACCACCUUUCCUACCUUUAAGGAAUCAUUCCUCAAUAUACCACCAUAUAAAAGAGAGUGGCUACACACAACAACUAGGCGAAUCAUCGUUGGGUGGUGGCGACGGAGGGGGUAGCGGCGGCGGUGGAGGGGGUGGCACCCCAGGCGAGGAGAACAGUUACAUCAGCACACAGAGCAACAACCCCUAUGAGACUGACUCUGAGUAUCACUCGCUCGACUCCAACCACCACCCCUCCGGCUACUUAGAAAGCUCACCCGAGUUCUACUCCACCUCAUUACCCCCUCCCACCCAUCAGAUGUUAGAUAUCAAGUAUCCUGCGCCGGUCCAGUACUCCAAGAGUUAUCCUAGAACAGGACGAUAUCCACACCACCAUGAAGUGUUCUCAGAAACGUACAACUCGCCGUACGACACGUUUCAGACGGUGCCGAACGGAGCGGGGGACGGAUGGGGCGGUGGAGGCGGCAGUGGUGAGCUUGGGGGCGGUGGCUCAGGCCCCCCGCACAUGACGCACCCCGCCUUCCUGCACUCGGGUCGCGAUGCGCUGCCUCCGCACCCCUAUCACUCGGGGGGACCUGACACCAAGCCCCUCCUGCAGCCCUCUAUGCUGCCUGGAUACUCCGGAUCUGGCCCCUGUUUCACGGGCUCCGGACCGAUCCAGCUGUGGCAGUUCCUGCUAGAGCUGUUGACCGACAAGACCUGCCAGAGCUUCAUCUCGUGGACGGGCGACGGCUGGGAGUUCAAGCUGACCGACCCUGACGAGGUGGCGCGACGCUGGGGCAUCCGCAAGAACAAACCCAAAAUGAACUACGAGAAGCUCAGCCGGGGUCUGCGCUACUACUACGAUAAGAACAUCAUCCACAAAACCGCCGGCAAGAGAUAUGUUUACCGAUUCGUCUGUGAUCUACAAGCGCUUCUUGGGUGCAGUCCAGAAGAGUUGCAUUCGAUAGUUGACCUGAAGCCAGACAAGAAGGACGACGAUUGAGCGAUUGACGACCGGUGCAGAGCGGUGCUAGAAGGAGUCGAUCAUCGAUUAUAAUCAAAACUUUUCUUCCGGAGGAGGCGAUUUCCUCCACGUUACUCCGACGCUGUGAUCCAAACUCUUUCUUCUUCUGGUAAAGCUUGAAAUUACUUGAAUCGAACCGGUGGCAAGCGUCUCAUCUCAUUCUCAAGAUCACUACUUACUUAGCGAAAAUAAUUCGUGUAGUGAACUCACGACAACAAACAACUUUCUUCAUCUCUGACAGAGAGAAUCUAUAGAAAACUGCAAAAGUGAUUCUGGAUAUUAUGAAGAAAGAAACAGUAACGAUGACUUCACCUGUCAAUCAAGUGCCUUUGUGUUGUAUUUGUAAAUAUAUACAUGAUGUAAAUAGCAUUGAAAAUAUAUAAAUAUAGAUAUAACUUGAGAUACGUUUUGAGAGACUUAUUGAACUUGAAACUAAUAAAAUAUAUUUUGUGAUUUUAUAUUAUAUUUAAGUACUGGAAUUUAUAUAUUAGCUUUUUUAUUAUUGUAAUUAGACGUGUUAUCUGUUUCUACAUUUUGGCCCAUACAUGUUUUGUAAACUACCAGAGCGUUGUUUAAACAUUUUAUAUAAUAAUGACAAGAUUCUUUGUUAUUUAUGUUAAGUAUAGUACAAUAUUCUGUUGAUUGAAGAACAAACAUUUCAAGUUCAGUUUUUAAAUAAUACAAAAUAUGAGCAUUGCUAUUCUCCCGUUAAAAUUAAAAAAAACUAUCAGCCUAUAGUUCUUCUCUCUUUUCUGUAUAGGGCUGCUUGUAAUUUAAAUAGAGAUGAAAAUCUCAGUACCUUUUUUGAAUUAUUUUAUCAAAAAAAAUAGUAUGGUGAUGAAAUAAUUCAAAAAAGGGUACUGCGUUUUUAUUUCUAUUUAUAUUAUAGUUCUAUAUUUUUGGGAAAUUACAAGAAUAGUAGCAAUAUUACUGUAGUUUUACAUUCUCUAGAAAUCAGUAGUAACAAAUUUACUCUACUUUCUGUGAUUGAAACAUGCUUUGACGAAAGAAACAAUCCGUUUAAAUUCGAAAUUUUACUAGCUUAUACAUUUUUAUUUCAAUGUGCUACUGUCACUGAAUAAUACAUCAACUUCCAGCAUAGAAAAAUCAUAAACAUUGAGGCUAGAGAAAUGAAGGUAAGGAAGUUAGAAGAUUAAAUUAAAGCUUAGUGAAAAUUUAAAGUCAAUGAAUCAGUACAUCAGUUCCGUUUAACAAAUAUGAAAUCUGCAUUUAAAAAAGUGUGUUGACAAUAAAUUCAUUCAAAAUCAAUCUAUUUAGGAUUUGAUUUGAUUACAUUCCAAAUAAACCAUGUUGUACAUAAUCAUGAUCAUAGAAUUUAACAACCUGUUUAUUUUUCAGAUAGAAAACUAGAUACGUUGUUACCUGAUCUGAUUAUGUUGUCCCAUUUGAAUACAACCUUCCUACUUUUUUUCUUUUAGAGACUAGGAAGGUUGAAUUUUGUUGUUAUUGGACUCAGAUAUUCAAGUCGAUUCACUAACAGCUUGUACCUAAUUUCCUCCAUCCAUAUCUUCAUUUCAAACGAUUAUCAUACAGUUAUAAAUUAUUAUUUUCAUUUAUUUCAAAUGAUAAAGCUUCAAUCUUCGCCUGUAUGAUUCUGGAAAUUGAUAAAAAACUUAUAUUAUCUUCAUCAUAUAUCAUUUUAUAAAUAUCUUAUUACUGUAUUUUUAUGUUAUUUCAUGUUACAUUUUAAUGAUUUUUUAAUUAAUAUUUAUAAUACGGUAUUGAAAAGCAUACAGGUUCAUUACCGGUAGCGUUAUUGAGAUUAGCUCUGUCUCUAUGCGUUAAUCCAUGGAAUAAAUUGAAAGUACUCUUCGUUCUUCCAUGUUUUUAUCUUAUUUCAUCUACAAUAGAAAUUUUCGGUUGAGCUCUCUCUCUUUUAAUAAAUGGACAAACUCUUUUAUUGGUCCACCUCGCUUUUGAUCUCAUUUCAAUAUUAUUUGUUGUCAUGUCAUUUGAAACGAUCAUUAAUAAUGGCGAUACCUCAUACUAUUUUAUUAUUGGGUUCGAAAAUAUAAUUUUUAGAUUCACUUGAGAUUCAAUUCAAAUAUCUAGAUACCGCUUAGUUGAACAUACCUACUUUUUGGACUAGGUAGUGUAUGAAUCAAAAUUCGAGGAAGGAACAGUUUUGGGUUGUUCCUUUUAGUCUUCAUUCUAAUUUGUGUAUCAUUGAAUAAAUAAAUAAAAUGUGAAUAAGAAAUCAAGUUUCUUGUUUGAUAAAGUAGACUAUAAUAGAAGAAAUGAAAAAUGAUACAGCUCAUUAAACUUUCCACCUUUGUAAUUUCUCACCCUCGAAUGCAAUGGUGAAUCAAAAAUAUGGUUUUAGAUGAAGUGCAAAUGCAAUUUGUUUUUAUAAUUUACAAAUGCAUUGUUGUUUGCUUUCAAAUAUACUGUAUAAUAUCAAUUAAAGAAUUAUGUAAUGCUUGUAAACCCAUCAUCAACGUAGAAAGUGACAAAAACCAGAUAAGGUAAAAGAAAGAGAAUAAUAUUCAAAGAGAACAAAAUGUUCCAAUACCGUACGAAAUAGUAGCAUCCACCCAAUUUAGCAACUAUCAAAUCUCUACUCUCUUAUUCUCACUUCUAAAAUACAAUUGAUUUUCAAAUAUAAUUAUCCCGUUGCUUAUUUUGAUAUUAUUGGUUGAUGGAAAGAGAAUUUUUUCCUCAUAAUUAAUCAUCAUCUGAUAUUAUUUACAAGAGUUAAAACUCAUAAUAUAUCCACACAUUUUUUUCUAAAUACCGUAGUUUUUUGAACAAUAAAAUGAGCAGUCCGUUAGCUAAUCUGAUUACUUCCCCAUUCUCAUUUCUACAGAGAAUCAAUAGUUGAUUAAAUAAUAAUAAUUUAAUGAGUUAAUUCUAUUGGAUUGAAAUGGGAAUGCAAACAGUAAAACUAUCACAAAUGAUACCAAGAUUGAUAUUGUUGAAUUUUUUUUUAGUAUUUCAAGAAAUGAUAAUUACACUUCUUCCUUUAUCAGAGCUGUGAAUUAUUACAUUUGAAUUGUUUUUCGCGAUAGAAAGCUUUAGUUAAAAAAUGAAUUAAAAUUGACCAUUUUCAGAUAUCUAUAUUCUUUGAAGGGUUUAGAUGUAUCAUAAUAUGUAUGAGAAAUUGAACUCUUCAAUCCCUAGUACUAAUAAUUCAUUAUUGCUUGUCAAUAAUUUUUAUUAGAUUGUACUUUUUAAAAUUUUGACACCAAAGGAUUGAUAAUUAUUGUGUUUGUAAAGCAGUACCUAUGUUAUUGAUAAUUAUUAUUGAAAUAUUUUGUCUAGUAGCUGAAUAAUAUUCCAAAUAUUAUUCUGCAACUUACAGCAUAGGUAUCGUUAUUUGAUUCUGUAAAUAGUUGGAAUUAACACCUUUAAUGAAGGUGACCUAUUGUUACAAAGAAAAUAAAAAACAUUGUGAAUAAUUUUUGAUUACAUUUGUCGAUUCUCAUUGAAUUCAUGUAAUUUCGAAUAAAUAAAGAAUUAUGACGUUUUGUAAA